GACGUUAGCCCUGCCCAGCCGCCUUGCCCCGCUGCUGGGGGGAGCCAACGUCAGCCCCAGCCAUCAGUCAGGUGCAGUAGCUCGCAGACCGCCCAGCGUCUCCCCUCCGUCCCUCUCUGCUCUGAGGGAACUUUCUACUGUAGCUGCUUGAAAACACUCCAGGCCAAGAUGCCUAAAACAUUCAACGUCCGGGUGACCACCAUGGACGCAGAGCUCGAGUUCUCCUUCAACCCAAACACCACAGGGAAGCAGCUCUUUGACCAGGUGGCCAAGACCAUCGGUCUGAGGGAGAUCUGGUACUUCGGCCUGCAGUAUCUGGACAACAAAGGCUUCCAGUCCUGGCUCAAGUUUGACAAGAAGGUGACGGCCCAGGACGUGAGGAAGGAGUCCCCCCUGCUGUUCAAGUUCCGGGCCAAGUUCUACCCGGAGGAUGUGGCUGACGAGCUGAUCCAGGACGUGACCCAGAAGCUCUUCUUCCUGCAGGUGAAGGAUCUGAUCCUGGGCGACGAGAUCUACUGCCCCCCGGAGUCGGCCGUGCUGCUCGCCUCCUACGCCGUCCAGGCCAAGUUCGGAGACUACAACAAGCAUGUUCACGAGCGCGGCUACCUGUCCGGAGACCGGCUGCUGCCCAAGAGGGUUCUGGACCGACACAAGAUGUCCAAGGACCAGUGGGAGGAGCGGGUGCAGACCUGGCACGACGAGCACGGCUCCAUGGUCCAAGAAGACGCGGUGCUGGAGUACCUGAAGGUUGCCCAGGACCUGGAGAUGUACGGCGUCAACUUCUUCAAGAUCAAGAACAGGAAGAGCACGGACCUGUGGCUGAGCGUGGACGCCCUGGGCCUCAACAUCUACGUGAAUGCUGACAGGCUCACUCCUAAGAUCGGUUUCGCCUGGAGCGAAAUCCGGAACAUCUCCUCAAAAGACAAGAAGUUCAUCAUCAAGCCUAUCGACUGGAAAGCUCCGGACUUUGUGUUCUACACGCCGCGUCUGCGUGUGAGCCGCUGCCUCCUGCAGCUGUGCACGGGGAACCACGAGCUGUACAUGCGCCGCCGCAAGCCCGACACCAUCGAGGUGCAGCAGAUGAAGGCCCAGGCCAACGAGGAGAAGCUGCAGAAGAAGAUCGAGAGAGACAAUCUGGAGGGGGAGAAGAGGACGCAGGCGGCCAUCGAGAAGAAGAAGAAGGCGGAGAUGGAGAGGGAGAAGCGCGACCUGAAGAUCCGGCUGUCGCAGUACGAGGAGACCACGAAGAACGCCGAGCGAGACCUCCAGGAGCAGCUGGAGCGGGACCUGCGGCUGGAGGAGGAGCGGCGGAGGGUGGAGCAGGAGGCGGCGCGUCUGGAGACGGAGCGCAUGGAGGCCAUCAUCGCCAAGGAGGAGCUCCUCCGUCAGGCGGAGGACCAGAUGAACAGCCAGGGGCAGCUGGCUGGAGAGCUGGCGGAGUUGGACAGCGCCGGGAGGAAGGAGCCGGAGGGAGAGCCGAAGACGGGCCUGAGGGAGGAGACGCCCGGGAAGAGGCGGCGCAGGAAGGACCUGUUCUCCGGCUCGGAGGCGUUCAGCCGGGUUGACGCCCACGCCAUCAGGGCCGGGGCGGAGCUGAAGCAGAAGUGUGUGUAUGAGGUGAAGACCAUCGCCCAGAUCAUCACGCAGGAAGCGCGGACUGAGCUGGAGAGGCUGCGAGCCAUCUGGGUCUGGUUGUGCCACAACAUAGAGUACGAUGUGAGCGGGUCCCUGGGCCAGUCGAAGAUGCUGUACAUCCCGGAGGAGGUGAUCGCUGCAGGGAAGGGCGUCUGCUCUGGCUACGCCAGCCUCUGUCUGAAGAUGUGCAGAGAGGUGGGCCUGCAGUGCCAGGAAGUCAGCGGCUACGGCAAGAGCGUCGGAGAACGGCCUGGUCAGAGCCUCCGGGACGUGCAGUCGAACCACAUGUGGAACGCCGUGCUGCUGGGGGGGCAGUGGUUCCUCAUGGACGCCUGCUGGGGCGCCGGUCAUGUGCGGCACAAGAGCUUCGUCAAGGCGUUCGAGGAUUUCUACUUCCUGACCGAUCCAGAGGACUUUGUGGAGUCUCACUACCCUGACAAGGAGAGGUGGCAGCUCCUGGACCAGCCCAUCUCCCGGGAUGAGUUUGAGAUGCGGGUCACAAAGUCCUCCUUCUUCUUCACCCUUGGCCUGAAGCUCAUCCAACCGCAGCACUUCUACAUGAUCACAGACGACGGGGAGGUGAACCUGUCCAUCAGCUCCUCCAUGUCAGUGACCUACACCUAUGACAUCACCCCACGACAUGACUUCCUGCACGGGGGCGUCGCCGAGCAAAAGGAAACCAGCAGGUCCUCUUGGGGCGUGAUGACCAUGUCCCACCGCACCAUGCGCCUGCAGAUCCUGCCCCGCGCCCAGGGGACCUACGACAUCAUGGUGUACGCCCGGCUCGAGUUGGCUUCCGGUCCGCUGAGCUCUGUCUGCUCCUUCACCGUGGAGUGCCCGGCCCCCAGGGCCAUGGAGGAGAUCCCCGAGAACCCCUCACUGUUUUGGGGCCUGCAGGUCGGCUCCGAGGCCCUGGGCGUGGCCCCGGGAGGCUCCCCGGGGAGCCAUGUGCUGGAGGUGGAAGAGGGCGAGCUGGAGCUGACGAUGAAGACCUCCCGGUCUCUGAUGGCGCUGUGCGAGCUGGUCCACCCGGGGCUGGAGCCCGCCCUCGCCAAGCGAUGCCUGGCUACGCAGAUCCGCCCGGACGGGCUGACGGUCCACACGCUCUGCCCAUCCCGCGGCUUCUACCGCCUGUCCGUGUUCGUGCGGGACUACGACAAGCCGGAGGACCGCUUCGAGAACGCCGCAAACUUCCUGCUGCACUGCAAGGUGGCGACCCAGGUCGAGCUGUUCCCGCCGGGCCUUGGCUCAGAGUGCGGCCCGGGGACCAGCACGCUGCAGGCGGGCCUGUCCAAGUUCAGCCACACGGGGGCGCUGGUGAGCACGCAGCAGGGGAAGUGCAACCUCACCUUCCAAAAUCAGCAGGACCUGGAGCUCCACGCCGUGCUGUGGAGGGCGGAGGGCCAGGCGCCGGCCGUCCGCCUGGAGCGCCACCUCUUCUGCACCUUCACCGACAGCAGGGUCAUGGUGAGCACCAGCCUGCCCGGCCCGGGGUUGUACCGCCUGGGGCUCUACGCCCGGACCACCCCCGGCGCCGCCUUCAACCCCCUGUGUGACUUUGUCCUGAGGAGCAGCUGCGAGCAGCCGGGGCUUCCCUUCCCCAGCAUCUACACCGCCUGGGGGAAGGGCUGCGUGCUGUUUGAGCCCCGCGUGGGUCUGUUGGAGCCCGCCGCCUGGGUCCGCUUCAGGGUCAGGGUCCCGGGGGCCAAGAAGGUGAGCGCGAUUGGGGAGGAGAGGGUGGAGCUGAAGAUGAACAAAAGCCCGGUGUGGGAGGGGGAUGUGUUCACAGGGGGCGUCCAACAGGUCCAGCUGGCGUCCUCCUCCUCGGAGUACUCCGGAUCCAUGGACAUCAUGUUGGCCUUUGACAUCAGGGGUUCAGCCGCACUACGUUAAAGCCACCCUGAAACCACUCGGACGCUAAACGCUUUUCUUCAGAAGCGCUUUGAUACAGGCUUGACCAAACAGGGGGUCCGUGUCCAUGACCGAUGCCAGAGGCUGGUCCGCACGUUUAGCAUUGUUGCUUUUUUAUUUUUCUCGAGUGCCAUUACGUGAGAGCCUUUCAAGUUGACACAAAACAGGUAGGCAGACAAUCACAAACAAGCUCGUUCGGACGGCCCUUAGAGAAAGCCUUCCUGCCAUUGUCCCCCCGCAUUCUGGCACCUCUUUGUGGCGUGCUGCGAGACCCAGUGCUCAGGUUCGGGGACUCGAAGCCCAGGGAGGAAAUGCAAGGAUUUAUUGCCCCCUGUCCCAGACAGACAGGAGGGCAGCAGCACACUGCUGACUGGCAGUUUCCCCCAUGAAGCUCCGAACUGCUCGCUGGUCAAGGGUGGGGAACAUACCAGACAGUUCACAUGCUAGCCAAGGCCUCCGCUGUAACCACGACUGUUUAAACAACGUGCAGUAAUAAAAACAUUGUUGUUAAAA